UUUUUUUUCUAGCAAACAAAAAACAAAAAACAGUACACAACAUUUCCUCUGUGUGUACUUUGUUUCUGCUGUGAGUAAAGCUGCAUGAAACCACACCCCCGCGUGCUCAGCACUGUGAACACACCUGACGUAGUCCGCGCAACGUGCAGUUUGCGUGACGUCGUUUAAAAAAAUAGUGGACGUUGCACAUUAGAAUAAGGUAUACUUUUUAAUAUAAAAGUAGCCAGCUGUGGUGUUGGCAGCGUGGGGCCGGUGGAUUUAAAGCGAGAUACAUAUAGAGAAUAACAUGUUAAUUCAUUCGGAAAUGUUACAUUUCUUAGAAAGUUUCAGCAUGGAAUAUUGUGGCAUCCCCUAUUAAUCUAUUAAUAAAUUAGUAGAUGUUAGUCAUAUAUUCUGAAGAUGAACCCACCGAAAAAACUCAUGUAGUCUCUGACAUUAACUUUAUAUUUGUUGCAGUCACUGUAAUAAUCAAGUAAGAGAUAAAGGUGAGUUCGAGGUCAAAAGGUCAUCGGGCAACUAUUGAAGGAUGAAGACGUCAACAGCCGCUGCAGCACCACGAUGACGAAGGAACUGACUGCGAAGAGGCCGACAACGCAGAAGUCUUUGGCCUCGCUGCCGUCAGCUGACCUCUGACCCCUCAGCGGAUUAAAGAUGACUCUUUGGCUGGGACAGGGAGGGAAGCGGUACAUCUUACUCCCCGGGAAUUCUUGGAAUUUAACAAUCGUGGUUGUUUGAAACAGGAUUGCACAGACUACACAAACCCGGGGUCUUUUUUUUCUAUUUCAAUGGGAGUGACAUAUUUCAUUGAGGAUGGAAUAAGAGACGAUGCAAAAGGAAAACUGAUUACAAAAUAGAAAUCGGAUCAAGGAUGGAGCAGGAUUUCACACAGCAGGCUCUCUCGUUUCUCUGGUAACCUUCGUGGAUAACGGACAUUUACCUGCACUGGCCUGGACUAACAUUAGCCAGAGUUGGUGAAGAUACCUUCACGCGCAGCUUUCAUCCUUUCCCUUCCUUGUUGCGAAUGGACUGACUCUUCUGAAGCGAGAAGCUGACCUUUAAACCUUUGAACUGUGACUUAAAAGAGCCUCCAAACAUGGCCGCCACGGGAAGGAAGCACUUGGUGAAGGACUUUAACCAUUUCAUCACCUGUUACCUGUGUCGAGGUUACCUGAUAAAGCCGACCACGGUCACAGAGUGCCUGCACACCUUCUGUAAGAGCUGUAUUGUGCAGCACUUUGAGGACAGCAAUGACUGUCCUAAAUGUGGCAUUCAGGUCCACGAGACGAACCCCCUGGAGAUGCUCAGGUUGGACAACACCCUGGAGGAGAUCAUCUUCAAGCUGGUGCCUGGACUCCGAGAAAGAGAGGAACAGCAGGAGGUCGAAUUCUGGAAGAAGAACCAACCCAGAGAGAACGGUCAAGCCGAAACUGUGGCGUGUCAGCGGAUCGGGAUGCCCGACGCCGGAGGCGACUGCGGAGGCGGAGGUGGCGGUGGUGGUGGCGGUGGUGGCCACGAUGAGGAGGACGGCGGCGGCCACGACGAAGACUACCACAGGAGUGACCCUCAGAUAGCCAUCUGUCUGGACUGCCUCCGCAACGGGGCGCAGGCGGGGGAGAGCACCGUCACGGAUUUGAUGAAGAGGUUCAUCCGCUGCUCCAGCAGAGUCACAGUGGGAACAAUUAAGAAGUUUCUCAGCCUCAAACUAAAGCUGCCGAGCUCUUACGAGCUGGAUGUGCUGUGCAACGGAGAGAUCAUGGGAAGAGACCACACUCUGGAGUUCAUCUACAUGACCCGAUGGAGGCUGCACGGAGAGAAUACGUAUCCCAUGGUCCUUGAGUACCGCCCACGGAUCGACUUUGGCUGAACCACAGCUGCAAGAAGAGGACCACACACACACACACACACACACACAUCUGUAUGCAGACAUUCAUUACACGUAUGGACAACAUUAGGAGCAACUAGAUUUGCGUUUGGACAAAUACAAACAUGAUGUGCAGAGAAAGAAAGAUUAAAUGUAUUUUUGUACAGCCGAUGAUGAAGUGCAUACGUUGUCAUGGUAAAGAGGUUUUAUGCUACAUAGAAUAAUAUAUGCUAUUAUAUAUAUAUGAUAUUUUUAAAUGUUUGUCCCUGUGCCUAAAAACCUGUUUGAAUGAAGUAUGACCAUAUCUUCACUUUGCCUGUCUAACUAGAAUAAAUGUUGAUUUUCUACUGUUGAUGGCU